AUAGUUCUUUGUUUUCAUUUCGGAUGGUAAUCAUGUAUAAUGUAAAGGCAUGACCCGUUAUUCGUCUAGGAAGUACAGUUUGAUUACAGUUGAGCCAGUUAGUUUUUACAUUUGCUGGCUGGCUUGUCUCAUUCGAUUCUGUAUUAUGAAUCAGUGGGAAUUUGUACAAAUCUACAUGCAUUGUGUCCAAUUCGGACGUUGGAGAUUAGAUGUGGAAGAGCUCAUCCGGGACAGAUAUUCUCACUAUGGACCAUAGUUGUACGUUCUUUGUCCGAAUGUACAUCCCUGUAUUUACACAUUCAAGUACAAC